AUGGCUAUCUUGAACAGCCUGAGAAUGAAGUUCAGAUUUAUUGGGCAUUUCCUUAGGAGGAAGAAUGCCAAAAUGUUGCGAGUAGGUAUCAUAUUGUUUAUCUCCCUUUGCUUGGUAUUUGCCGCGAUGCAUAAAGGAGGAGAUUACAUGCCAAAUCUCCCAUACUUCAGAAUCAAUGAUAAGGAAGCUCCAGAGAGAGUUCCAGAUUGGGGUUCCCUUUCGGAUACGGUUGUCGAACCGGCAAGAGAGCUCAUCUCUGAGGAUGAAGAUUUCGAGACUAUCAAUACUAGACUACGUGAUGUUUUAUCAGCAACAAUGAAAAGAAUUGAAGAAUUCUCACCUAAAGAAAAGUUUGACAGGAAAAAUGGUGCUGAUUGUAAGAUCGGUGACAUUCACAUCGAUGAUACCAAAAGUUUUGACAGAUUAACCAAAUCGGAGCUGCUGAAAUGUAUACAGCUUCCGGAUACUGUUCAAGACGAGAUGAAAAGUUUGCAUAAGUCAUUUCUGUCAGCAUUGAAAGAGGAAAUCAUACCAUCAUAUGGGCCUCAACUGUAUAAAGGUAAGGGUAUCGUUAUGGUUGCAGGCGGAAAGUUUACUUUAAUUGGUAUGCCAGCAAUAAAAGCUAUUCGUGAAAAUGGUGAUGAGGAUAUUCCAAUUGAAAUCAUGGUUCCUCCAGAUAACACAGAUGAAUCCUAUUUUUGUGAGCAGAUUUUACCGGAGCUAGAUCCAUCUGGCAAAUCACGUUGUGUCUACAUGGAAAAGCUCUUUGACCCAAGUACAUUUCAAAAAGUUAAAGGCUAUCAGCUUAAACCUCUGGCACUCCUUGCCUCCAGCUUUGAAAAUGCUCUCUUGCUUGAUGCUGACAACUAUGUAAUAAAUUCUAUCUCCAACAUUUUCAAUACAUCACCAUUCAAGAAACAUGGGUUAGUAUUGUGGCCAGAUUAUUGGCGUAGACUCCAUCAUCCAUCUUUGUAUGACGUCACUGGCAUAAAAGUUGAGACUGACAACCAGACAAGAUAUUCUUUUGAUGAUGUCUCUCCACCUGAGAUCUAUAAAAAUGAGAACCCCAAAAAUGCUCCAUUUCACGAUUUAGAAGGAACAAUUCCUGAUAGUAGUACUGAAUCUGGACAAUUGCUAGUCAAUAAAAGUAAGCACCUGGAAACUAUCAUCUUGAGUCUCUAUUAUAACUAUAAUGGACCCUCUCACUAUUAUCCAUUACUGGGACAAGGCUAUGCCGGUGAAGGUGAUAAAGACACUUUUGCUCUUGCUGCAAAGGCAGUACAUUCCAACCAAAGCUACUAUCAAGUGAAGUCCCCUGUGGGAGCAAUGGGCUAUUGGGCUCAUAAGAAGGAUGAAACAUUGGUACUGGAGGGUGACGCUGCCCCUGAAAAGGAAUUUCGUGGGGUCGCUAUGCUUCAGCAUGAUCUUGAGUUUGAUUACAAAACACACGAAGAAGUAAAGGAAGAAAUUUCUACCAAAUAUACCCGAGCCCUGAAUAAAUAUCGCGAACAAAAAGAUACGGAGGGUACUGAUGACGGCAUAGCUUUGUCCAUAGAAUUCUGGAACAUCCAAAAAAAGCUUGGCUACCAUCUUGCGGACUUUAGAUCUUACUUCAAAGAUGUGCCAGUGACUUUCGUCCACUCCCAUUUACCAAAAUACAAUCCCUGGGAAUUUGGUAAAGAACAAGAUUUAACCUUUGAUGGUAGAAAAGUCAUGAAUCGUCAUAAAGAUGAACCCGGCUUUUCGCCAAUUCAUCACGGUCACUAUAGAAUGUAUAAUGAUGAUUUCGCUAAAUUAACAAGCUAUGACCUAGAGCUUGAAAACUGGAGCUGCUUCAAGAAGUUCAUAUGUGAAAGAGACAAUGGGUUUGAAAGUUUCAGUUAUUUAAAGCAGCAGGUUGAGUCCACCAUAGAUGGCCGGAAACAAUAUGACGAUAUGUGUGAUUAUAUUAACGACAGAGUCGAAAUGCUGCGAGAGUCUACUUGGUAA